AACAACUCGUCAUCUUUUGAUACGCCCAAGACACCACUCUCAUCGUCGAUGAUCUCCCAGAAGCGCAACUCUAGAGUUCAAUCUGACGCGAAUUCUUACACAUCUGGAAGAUCUUCACAGUUAUCAUCUCUCCUCACCGGUGGCGAAUUCGCCUCUCUCGAAGCUGGCCCUUCGAGGUCAAUCAAUGACUUUAACUUUGGUGGCAUUGAGUCAUCAUCUUCAUUUAACUCAGGAAGAUCCCAUAACUCUAUUUCUUCGAUCAGUAAAGUCGGUACAUCUGGUAUAGCUAUCCAUAACGUGGAUUCACUGUCAAACGCUGAAAUCGUUGAAAACUUUGAACUUUUCGUACAUUCUAUAGCACCAGGAGAUGCUGAAGCUUCACGCCUAAGAGCUCUACCUAUUGAUAAUAAACGGGCUUUACUUCAUAGCAGUGCUUUGAAGCAAAAACAGGCUGUUAAAAGACAUGGUCGUACAGAAAAGUCUAUCACUUCUUCACCCAGAGCUCCUGUAGGACAUGCCGACGAUCCUCCUCAAGCUUACAUUCGUAAAUUCCUCAGUGGUAAUAUUUUACAUACCGACGUUUCUCAUUUAUCAGUUAGUUUGCGAACAAUGCCAUUGGAAUGGCUGAAAGAAUUUAUAGAAUUGCGCGGUCCAUCUGUACUGGCCAAUGUUCUACACACUAUAAAUCACCGUACUGUAAAGAGAGAGGGUGACGCUACUUUAGAAGCCGAAGUUGUCAAAUGCAUGCGACAUGUUGUCAACUACCCUUCGGGUGCAAGUGACGUAUCAUCUCAACCUACUAUAGUUGCUUCAAUAGCAGCUUCAAUAAUGAGUCCACAACUACAGACGAGACGACAAGCUGUAGAAAUCCUACUGUUUUUGAUAUCAUGGGAUAAACCAAGGGGUCAUUCGAUAGUUUUAAGAUCUUUUGACGCGCUACAGGCUCAUUAUGAAGAAAACUCAAGAUUUGAUCCAUGGCUAAAAUCAUUUGAAGCUACUAUUGAUGGAAGAGGUCGUAUGGGUUCUCUUGUUGGAGCCAGUGAUGAACUUAAAAAUGCAAUUUCUGCUGAUAGCAUGUUAGUAGAUUAUGCUGUCGUUAAUCUGCUUCUCGUUAAUCAACUUGUUGGACUACCAGAAGAUUCGGCUGUACGACACUUUUUAAGGACUCAGUUGGAAACAUCAGGGUUGAAACGAAUCACAGACAAACUAAGAAAUCUUCAACAUUUACGUGUGGAUGAUAUUAUUGAUGAAUACGAAGAAUUGGCCGAAGAAGAUUACGAUUUAAUGAUACAAUCUCAAAAUAAUGAAGUACUUGGUGGUCUUUCAACGACAGAGGAUGUGUUUCGUGCUAUCUUAUCUUCUGUCGAAGGAUCUAGGGGUCGUGACUUCUUUCAUGCAGCUUUGCAACACUUAUUACUCUUACCCGCAGAAACCGAAACUAGAACACGAUACUUGCAGUUAGUAGAUAGUAUUAUCUCAUCGAUAGUCAUGGAUGGUAAAGGUGGUGUUACUACGGACUUUUCUUCUUUAGCAAAUGUGUCGGUUGGUAAAGUUGUAUCACGUUUCACAGAUCAAGAUCGAAUGCAGAAGCUUGAAAAUCAACUGGAAAACGAGCGUAUGCAUCAUGUGAAGACUAGGAGACAAAAAGAUGCGCUUGAACAAGAGUUAGCAUUGUAUAAUGCAACUAAUUUACCCGUUUCUUCUGCAUCUGAUACGGCGUUGGUCAGUACAUUGCAAAGAAAGCUAACUGAAGCCGAAGAGUCACUCAGAAUAUCGCGAGAAGCGAUGCACAAGGUUCAAGAGAAUUCCGAUGAAAUGGAAGAUAAAUUACGUGAGAAGAUAACUGAACUUGAAGCUCUUAUUCGUGAAUUAUUCGAUAUGUUGAAACAGACAAAAGGUUUUCAUGACUUGAUUACUGUGGAUGAAACCACUAUGGGCGAUGGAAAGAAAUCACAACAACGUGAAUUCAUCACUGAGCUUGAGAAGAAAUUGGCUCGACACAAGACAGCAAAAAAGUUGGAAGGUACCAGAAUACUCAAUGCAUUGGAUGCCGAUGAUGAGAAUGAUGGUACUGAAGAUGUUGAGGUCCUGGAGACUAAGCCAGGUAGACGAACAGCGAAAGGGAAGAAACUAACAAAUAAGAAGAUUAGAGCACCACAAGAGCUCAGUCGCGAUAUAUCCAAGCUUAAUGUUGCAGACAGAGAUUCAGCUAGUUCAGUUGCCACUUACGACAGUAAUACGAAAAGCGAUAGUCAUGCUUCACAAUUCAUGGAUGCUGAAGAUGAAGAAGUCCAAGAGCAUCACGAAAAGCUCAUCAACGAAGGCGUUUCCUUGUUGGUACCUUCUCAACUCGGGAAUGGGGGCGAUCGUAGGCCUAGUCCUCGUACUCUCAGGUUUCAAAAUAUGCCAAAAGAUUUGGACCGUAAUAUUCAUCAACGUAAAGCACUUACUCGACUCACACCGGGAUUAAAGCCAGAAAAGAGUAGCAAGAGAAUUUCAAGCGAUAGUGCGCUUAUAACUAACAAGGAUGCCGGAGCAGCUUCUCCAGAAGUUAAUAUUUUAAACAAGUCUCACUUAAAUGAUGAAGUUGUUCCAAAGAGUGCAGAGUCACCAAUUACAAGAGCAGAACCAUUAAAGACAUCAAACGAUCCAAACCAACGUCAAAGUAAUAAACUACUUAAUACCAAACCAGCAUUCCUCGAUGAAAUACGUAGUCGAGGCCGUAGAUCGCCAUCAGGAAUACUUUUAGACAAGGAAGGCAGACCAAUGGCUGAAUCAAAUAUAUCCACAGUUCAAGAAGAAGCUGGAUCUGAAGAUGACCACUCGGAAAUUACGCUUGCCCACGCGAGUGGAUUCACUACCCAAAGCGAUGAUACACAAGUCACAUCAACUGCUUCAGGUAUUGAAAGUAAGUCUGAAAAUACUCAGAACCCAUUCGUAGCUUCAAUCCAGAACCAAACAAAGAAUCUCAGAAAGCUUGCUCCUGGUGAAAAAGAUAUGGACAACAACUUACCACCAAGUGAUAAGAAUGCGGAGAUAUCAUCGGCAGCACCGAUGCCAGUACCACCACCACCGCCUCCGCCACCACCUUCGCCGCCAAUGGCAUUCACGGGUCCGGCUCCUCUUUCACAAGGUGCUCCUAUACCACCACCUCCACCGCCUCCACCAGCCCCUCCUCUUCCAGUAGCACCAUCAACCACAUCUAAACCAAAUGCACCACCUGCGCCGCCGCCACCACCGCCUCCUCCGGGAACUACAGCACCAAAUGCUUCCUUAGCAAAUAUACUCAAAUCUGGGAACCUCCGAGAAGCUAUACCGGCGACGAAUACUGGUUUACCGCCACCGCCUCCACCUCCUCCUUCAUCUUCUAGACCUGCAUCAGUCUUGUUUAACGCACAAAAGAGGAAGGAGCUACCUGAUGGUGCAAGUCAGAAAAUGAAGCAACUGCAAUGGGAUAAAAUAAAUCAACUUCAUUUGGACAAGACAGUAUGGGGUCUCACCAAUGAAGCACCAGAAACUGAGUGGUUUAAUCAACUUAAGCGUGACGGUGUUUGGAUUGAACUUGAAGAAGAUUUCAAGAGUAAACAGAUGGUACUCAAUCUGAUGAAUCGGAAGAAGGACAAAGAUUUAAUAAGUGUGUUAGACGUUUCAUCUCAAAAGAGGAUAGAAAUUGUUAUGCAACGAGUUAAGCAAUACUCGCCAGAGCAAAUUGCGGCGAAAAUACUCUCCUUCGAUGAAGACUUUUGCACGCAAACAUUCCUGAGCGAGUUGAAACCUGUUCUUCCAACUCCUGAGCAGGCUGGUAAAUUAGCUCCAUAUAGAGAUGCUGGACCAGAAGUUCUGAUAACUUUACAUCCUGCUGAUAGACUGAUGGUUCAAUUGAUUAAAAUCGAAAGAAUGGGUCCUCGAAUUGAAGGGAUGCUUUACAAAUCCGUUUUUGAAGAAGUUUAUUCUAUUCUGUCUGAGAGCGUUGAAGUAGUUCAUGAAGCUUCUGAGAAUCUAAUGGCUGCGCCGAAGUUUAUUGAAAUGUUGAAGCUCGUUCUGUUGAUCGGUAAUUAUAUGAAUGCUCAAGGAGUCAAAGGUGGUGCAUUUGGUUUCAAAAUCACUAGUUUAAACAAAAUGGUCGACACAAAAUCAACCAAUGGAACUACACUUGUCCACUUCCUUGAAAGAACUGUUGCUAAACAUUUCACUGAGAUGGAAGGAUUUAUCGAUGAGCUUUCAAAGCCAGCUGAUGCCUAUCGAGUUAAUUUGACAGAUGUCAGGAAAGGAUUAGGUGAUUUGAGAGAAGGUCUCAAACACUUGAUAUCUGAACUUGAAGCUAAUUUCAGUGAACCUGAGAAGAUAAACCCUAAAGAUGGCUACCCUGAAAGGAUGUGGAAAUUCUCGGCCGUCGCCAAAGAAAAAUUAGAUGGCAUGGUUGAUAGAUUAGCGCUUGCAGAUUCAUCUUAUCAAAAUACUGCUCGCUUUUAUGGUGAACUUGAAAAAUUGCCGUCUACAUCAGAAUUCUUCGGUGUAUUUAAACAGUUCUUAUCAUCUUACAAGAAAUGCAAAAAUGAGAAUCAAUCUUACGCUGAAGAAAAAGCAAGUAUAGAAAAACGGCGUCAAGCUAAAGAAGCCCGAGCAAAAGAAAGGGCGGCCAUUCAGGCGGCUUACAGUGAUCCUGCAGGAGAAUCAAUUAUGGAUACGCUACUAGAAAAGCUUAAGCAAGGUGAAUCAGCACCUAGAAGGCGAGCAAGAAGAGGAAAUCGCAAGAGUUCCCUGCCUCCAAUCCCACAAGGGCAAUCCAGCGUUAGCCAUGCAGGUAAUGAAGCGGCUAUGGCGGCUGACAUGCUUGCGUCACUGCAAAAUAACGGCUUCCUUCCAUCUCUAACCGAAGCUCCAAAAGAGAAGCUUCAGGAAAGCGACGAGCGCAUGGACGAUAGCAGCAAUGAUACAAAAGACAUUAGUGAAACUUCUACCACGAUUGAUUCAGACUCAGACAAGGAAAAGAAAGGAGUUCGGUUUAAUGAUAAUGAAAUUGAAAAUAGAAGCUCGAAUAGUGAGUCAGCAUAAUAAGGAGUCUCCAGUGUCUUAGUUGAAUUCUCGUUGAGAUAAUCUAUAAGUAUAUACAUGUUCAAAUACCAGUAUACCUUCUACAUAUAUUCGCAUGCACGCAUAUUCAAUCACAGCGCAGAGCUUUCAAACUUUAUAUUUAUAAUGAUGGAUCCACGAAGUUUACAUAGGCUGAUUGUAAUAUGCAGUCUAUCAAACGUCAGUAGUACCGCUGAAUAAGAGAGAAGAUCUAUCAAUAACAUAGAAUAUGAAGAUUGAUAAAGUUCCCUUAUGUACACUAUAAAUAAUAUUUAUGUCAACAUUUCCG